AUGUUCAGAAUACCAGGACAUCAUAGGAUAUGCAGGGACUGUCGAAAACUUUUGAACCAGUCAUUUAGUAGAAAUAGAAGCUCCGUGAGUUGGUCCUCUAACUCUGUGCGUGCGGCUUUCUUAGAUUUUUUCUGUGGGCGACAUGAUCAUCAGUUUGUUCCAUCCUCCUCCAUCAUUGCCAAGAAAGGGGAGGGGUCCUACUUCAUCAAUGCGGGGAUGAAUCAGUUCAAACCAAUAUUUCUGAAUGACGUGGAGGAGGGUAGUCCCAUGGCCUCAUACAGGAGAGUGGCCAACAGUCAGAAGUGUGUCCGUGUGGGAGGCAAGCACAAUGACCUUGAGGAUGUUGGCCUUGACCUUACUCAUCACACUUUUUUUGAAAUGCUCGGUAGCUGGUCUUUUGGAGAUUACUUCAAGAGAGAUGCCUGUGCCUUAGCCCUGGAACUGUUAAGGGAUGUCUAUAAAAUUCCUCUGACUUCACUUUAUUUCACAUACUUCAAGGGGGAUGACUCCAUGCAGUUACAGGAGGAUUUAGAAACAAGAGACAUAUGGCUAAGUUUAGGAGUUGAUAAGAGCCAUGUUUUGCCCUUUGGGAUGAGGGACAAUUUCUGGGACAUGGGACAGACUGGUCCCUGUGGGCCCUGUACUGAGAUCCACUUUGACCACCACCCAGGAUACCGCCGUGUACCACAUCUAGUCAACACUGGCUCGCCAGAGGUGGUGGAGAUCUGGAAUCUUGUUUUUAUGCAGUUCAACAGACAAGGAGACCAGACAUUGGUUCCACUCCUAAAGAAUCACGUAGAUACUGGGAUGGGGCUGGAGAGAAUCACAGCGGUCCUGCAGGGCUCCACCUCUAACUAUGACACCGAUCUCUUCAGGCCAGUCUUUGAUGCCAUCCACAAAGACUGUGGUGUACCGUCAUAUGAAGGAAGGAUUGGCUCCCAGGAUCCCCUGGGAAAGGACACAGCCUACAGGAUUGUAGUCGAUCACAUGCGUAUGCUAACAGUGUGUCUGUCCGAAGGAAUCCUGCCGGAUAAAGCAGACCCUCAUGGACACAAAGUGAGGUCUGUUCUGUACCGAUGUCUUCAGUCAGCCAAAGUUCUAGACAUCAGGCCCGGCUACAUCUCCAGCCUAGUGGACAUCAUAGUGGACAGCCUGGGGGCUGCCCACCCAGAGCUGAAUGCCAGUUGUAAAAGGGUAAAAGACGUGAUCAAUGAAUCAGAGGGGCAUUAUUAUAAAACACAGGAGCAGGGAGUCAGGGCCUUCAACAAAUUCCUCAGGAAAAGGAAGACCUCCGGACAUAUCAAUGACUCAGAGUACCAUGAUUUGUUGUCUGGUCACUAUGGAGCUCCCGUUCCCAUGGAGAUCCUGGAAGAUCUGGCACAAAAACAUCAGCUAUCUCUACCAGUAUCAAAACGAGGCUUGGAGGAACAGACAGACAAACAGGCAGUCCAGGAGGAGCAAAUCCACAUUGCUUGCAGCCUGAAAGAAAAGAAUAUACCAAGAACAGAUGACCACUACAAAUACUUGUACAAAGGGACCCAAUCAACUUAUGAUUUUCCAGAUUUGUCGGACACCACGGUAGUGGGGAUCCUGUGUCAGGGCAGUCUACAGAGGUCGAGUGGGAACGAGCUGGUGAUUCUGGAUAAAACCUGCUACUACAGCGAGUCGGGACAAGCGGGGGAUACAGGAGUCCUUA